CUGCGGCAUUGACAAUUUGACAGUGUGCGCCGGACCGCCUUACCGUACAGACGUGUCGCGGCUUCACUCCGUAUCCGUAUAACACACGCGACUCUACAAAACCUACACGCUUAAGCGCCGGAAAAUAAUUUAAAAUCAAUCAUUUAUCCUCGUGCAUGCUGAGACUUAUUAGAAAAUUUUGCACCAUGAAACCACCAACGAACGCCGCUUUACUUCACGAUGUCGACAUACCGACGAAGAAGGCGACGUUCGGUAUGGGCUGCUUCUGGUCAAACGAUUCCCUGUUCGGCGCUACGACCGGUAUCGUGAGGACAAGAGUUGGGUACGCUGGUGGCACAACAAAGAAUCCGCACUACAGAAACAUAGGUGAUCACACGGAGGUAAUCGAGCUGGAUUACGAUCCGAAAACCGUUACGUACGAAGAUCUUCUUGAUAUGUUUUGGGGUAACCAUGAGUACGGGCUGACCACCAAGCUAAAACGACAGUAUCAAUCCAUGAUUCUGUAUCAUGACGAGGAACAGAGGCUGGCUGCAGAGGCGUCUCACAAGACGAUGCAAAUCCGCUGCAACGGACAGCUACGAACAGAAAUAGCGCCUGCUGGAACAUUUUACCCUGCAGAAGAUUACCAUCAAAAAUACCGAUUGCAAGGACACAAAGAUCUAUGCCGAAGCUUGGGCCUCGACUCCUCAAAAUUGCAGACCUCACAUUUGGCGGCUAGACUCAACGGCUACCUCGUGGGUGUUGGCGGGAUGACACAGUUCGAACAAGAGGUCACUCGUCUUGGCUUAAGCGAGAAACAGGCGGAGUAUGUCCGCCGUGAAUUGGAACGCAAUGAGGGCGGUGGAUUAGCAUGUUAAAUUAUAGACUAUAAAACAAGCUCCAUACAUCUAUCGGAAGUUAUUAGAGAUCCACUUUAAUUCCAUUAUAAAUAUCAAUAUAAAUUUUAAAUUCACUUGAUAACAAUUAAUAAAAUGUGGAAUAUAAAAAAAGGUUAACCGCCACAUAUGUAUGGACCUAGCAAAUGCUGCCCUUAUAAAAAUAUCUUAUGUUUUCGUAAUUGAUCUAGUUUUAUUAAAUUAUUAAUAUGAACAAAUCUAUAAUAAAUUAUCUUUUAUCUUUCCUACAGCGAUAGCAUUAGGGGCGGCAUUGCAUUUUGAUCUAUAAAUAUUAUUUAGGACCAUUUUUUAUUUCAUUCCAUUACAAUGUUAGUUUAAAAUGAAUACUAGCAAUUAUAUCAUGACACAUUUAAAUAUUGUAAAUUUUAUUCUCAUUAUGCCAAGUUCUCUGUAUUAAGUAUAAUGUCGGUGCCAUAUAUUAAAAAAAAAAGUUCAACGAACAUAAACGCUAACAUUUACAAAUUCUUGAGUUAUAAUAGUAUUAAUCGCUUAUCGAUAGAUAUAUACUAAAUAUAUGUACAAAAUUAUCAAAUACUUGCUCGAAUGUUUGCACCCAAGUGUAGCGCCGACCUAAAUCAAUCCAUUAGACAACACUUCAUAUAUUUUUUUAAAUUUUCAAUCAAUUUCGAUCGUAAUUUUAAGAAUAGACUAUAUUGUGAAGAUUAAAACACAAAAAAACGUAUUUUAUUAA